AUGUUUAAAGUGUAUCUAGCAUGCCAAGCUGAAGAUGAUACACUGUAUACCGAAGACAUUGAUGAUGAAGAAAUAGACCGAGAGUAUUUACUUCAACCCAGAGAAAUCAUGCUGAAAGCAGCUAUAUGGUUCAAAGCCAAUGCAGAACACUUGGAACAAGCACGAAAACGUAAAUUAGCCAAAAGACAAAAAGAACAGCAACAACAACAGGAAGAUAUUAAAGGUCCUAAAAAGCGUAAAACGGCUAGUCGACGUAAUAAUUAUUCUUCAUCAACAAGAUCAAAUCGUAAUGCAAUUUCAAAAGAAGAAGACAGUAAACCAAUAUCUCGUAAAAUUAACUAUGAAGCACUUGAAGCAGUUGUUGGUCUAUCUGCUGCACCAGCUUCAUCCUCCCAAUUAGACCAGCAUAUUGUACCGGCGACUGAUGUAGAUAAUAGUGAACCAAGACCUGGUCCAUUGCUUGCAUCCACUUUGUGUGAUAAUGAAAAUUCUAAAGAAUUAUUCAAAUCACCUAAGCAAAUUUUAGAGGCCAAUAAUCAGAAAUCACGUUCAAAAGCAUCUGUAUGUAACGGUGAACAGUUAAAUAAAGCCUAUGGUGGACAAGAUGAUAACAACAUUGCUGUUGAUAAUGAUAAUGCUGAGGAGGAGGAGGAGGAAGAAGAAGCAGUUGAAGACGACGAAGAAAAUAAUGUUGGCAAUAAUGAUCCGUAUAAUCAAUAUUUGCCUAACUACAGUCAUGGAAUCGAUGAUGACGAUGAUGAAGACUGGUCGACUGGUGCUGAAUUAUGGUGA